GGAAGGGGAGGAGAGAGAGGAGAGAGGAGCCGCCGCUCGCACUCCCUCUCCGCAUCAACUUCCAGAACCCGUGUGGCCGACGGAGGAACAGCGGCGUGUUGGGGGAAUCACCGACCGUGAACAGCCGGUUCACCAGCCCGGGAACACACCCAGCCUCUCCGAGCCGGAGUGAUUGGUCCAGGUCCUGUCCAUCUUCUGAGUCCAGUGGCUGUCGGCCCUGUGAGCUGCGUGAAGGCUCUCAGAGCGGCUUCAUUAUGGAACAAUAGCAGUGGGAACCUCCUCCUCCACCAACUCCCCCCCCCAUUUCUUCUUCUCUCAGUCUGACUCUCCUCUGGAACCCUCCCCCUAGCAAACACAGAGGCACCCACCCACAUGCAACCAUCUGACCGCUCCUCCCACGCUGGUCAUGGUCCACUCCCCCCCACCCCAACUCUCCAGUCAGUGAAGGCAGUGAGUCAGUGGAAGCACUGUAAUCCUCUGAAGUAAAGGGCCUGUACGGUUGCGUAUGCUGGCUUUUGUCAUGGCGGUUGUUGUUGUUGCGGAGGCCUCCCUCAGAAGAGAACAUGAGGGAGAACAGGAGGCAGCAUAAAGCUCACAAAGGGAGGAAGAGAAAGCGAGGGAGUGAGCGAGAGACACUGACAUUGCCAUUUCUCUGAGCGGAGGAGCAUGAGCUUCACGGGGAAACGGAUGUGAUUCAGUGGUGGUGAAGCUACAUGAUGAGGGACUGGCAUUACUCUCCCACGCCAAUCUCGAAUUGGACCAACAAUCACCUUUGGAGAUAUUUGCCACAUCCAAUUUUAAUAUUUUAAUAUUUAGGAAUAUUUAAAUCCUCAAUUUCCUUGGUGGUCUCCUUCCAUCACCGCCUACCAAAAGUGCCUUUUUGUGUUACCUUUGUCUACAUUUUUUUUGUUACUCAUCUGACUUCAUUUUCAGAUUCCACAUUUUUACCAGACCUAAUAACUUUACAUUCAGUAAUCAUUAAACACGUUGCCAUAUUUUAGAGAAAGUACAGACAAGACAGCAACUUCCAUCAAAUGCACACUUGACAAUCAUUUCAGUUUAAUUUCUGUGCGGGGCGAACGCGUUGAACUGCCUCCUCUUGAUCGCUGUUUUUUGACGACACGGAGCAGUCACCAUGGUCACUUUCCAGUCGAAAUGGCGCUACAUGUUCAUGUUCCUGGGCAUCCAGCUGGUGGUCAUGGCCCUGCUGUCCCGGGAGGGAUACCAGAAGAGGGUCAACUACUUCAUCCGCAUCUUCCGCAAGGCCAACACCACUGCUGUGUCAAGCCGCAACCACACUGCAGCCGGCGUCAUUGGAGGGGACGUCUAUGCCAACCUCUCCCACUUACCCAGAACUCCGAGCCAUGGGGAUGGCAUGCCCUAUUGCCCCAAGAUAUCUCCUUUGAUAGGCGGGCCAAUCCAUGUCAACUUCCCAUCAGGGCUCAGUCUAGCAGAGGUGGAGAGGAAAAAUCCCCUGGUGGUUCGGGGAGGACGUUACAGGCCACCUGACUGUGAGGCCAGGCAUCGAACUGCCAUCAUCAUUCCCCACAGACACAGGGAACAUCACCUCAAGUUCCUGCUCUACUACCUACACCCUUUUCUGCAACGUCAGCAGCUCAACUAUGGAAUUUACAUCAUUCAUCAGGCUGGAAACUACACGUUUAACAGAGCCAAGCUGAUGAAUGUGGGUUUCCGGGAGGCCAUGAAGGAGGAGGACUGGGACUGUCUCUUCUUUCACGACGUGGACCUCAUUCCGGAGGACGAUCGCAACACGUACGUCUGCGAUAGCAACCCAAAGCACUCGGCCAUCGCCAUGGACAAGUUUGGAUACAAGCUUCCAUACAAGAUGUACUUUGGUGGAGUGUCGGCUCUGACGCCACUGCAUUACCUCAAAAUGAACGGUUUCCCGAACAACUACUGGGGCUGGGGUGGAGAGGACGAUGAUAUCGGAGUCAGGGUGUCUCUGGGGGGGAUGUACAUCAGUCGUCCAUCAGUGAAAGUUGGCCGUUACAAGAUGAUAAAGCACAAGCUGGACAAAGGAAAUGAUGUAAACCCAAAGAGGUUCAAUAUGCUGGCCAAGACACGUCAGAGCUGGAAGUCGGAUGGGAUGAACACAGCCGAGUAUGAGAUCAUUUCCCGGCAAUACAUGCCUCUCUACACAAACAUCACAGUCAACAUCGGCACCGAGGAAGGUCUACACCCACGUCCUCCAGCACCUGCGAGAAAACCUACUGCUAAAGUGCCAGCGCAAGUCAAACAGAAGGAGUCCUCCCUCAUAAAAGACAGCUAGUGCUGCACUUUGCGAUUACUUCAGGAGGAUGAUCCUGUCAGCACACGCUGUCGGAUGGUUUCUUCUCAGUGACCUGAAGCCUUUUUUGCUCAUUUCAAGCUUCUUUUGUUGUCUGUUUGUGGAGAAUAGACAUGAUACCGUCAUUUAAGUGAUAAUUACACCUGGGGCCGUAUUCACAAACAUUAUAUUCUCAGAGAGCUCCCAACUUUGCUGGAACAUUUGUAGCGAAGACUCCCACUGUGGAGUGACUUAUGAAACUUGUCAAAGCAACUCUGAGCAAAGCAGGGACAGAAACUUUGACCUUAGUGAGGGGGGGGGUGACCCUGCUGCCAGCUGAUGCUUUCUUUUAUAAGAUGUGUUCCACAGAUUGAAAUAUGGACAGGGGGACAAUCAUAGAAUUUAGUCUCCAUUAAGACAUAGGUGAUUAUGAUUGUUUUAUACUAAAUCUAUUUUGAAUAAAUAGGCUAAAGUUGCCCACAAAAUGUUUGUUACACAGGCCUACCUGUCGCCUGCUCACAUGCUGGUAGUUUUAUUUAUUUAAUUGUUUAUCUACCAUGCUGGUGAUUUCAGUAUCUAAUCAAUUUGUUUUAAAAGGAGUAAAAUAUCCCUACUUAUAUUGAUUCCAGCGAUUGUGGACCAGCCUGGUGCAUUGUUGGUCGUCGCGUAACUUUAACAUAAACCAGCAAACAAGCAAUGGAAGGAUUUGAAGUAACCAGAAAAACCAUUUGCACCGCAAUUCGUAUUUAUUAUCAGCUCUGUUUGUCAACAAGUGCAAAAUCAUUUCAAUGUCCCAGCUCAAACCAAGAGGCAAAUGCUGGAAGAAUAAAGUCCAGCAGAUGAACUCCUCACUCCCCCUGGUGGUGCAGUGAGGAGUGUGGAAAACUAAUAGAAGUAGGCAGGUUGUCUGAGAUUUAUAAAAAUACUGUUUUAAAAGUCACCUCUUUUUAAACAUUAGACUUAACUAAGGGGAAGUUGUUUGGAUCCAUCUUAAUUCUACGAGUUUCUUUAUGGAUUUCACCACUAGGAGCAACUCUUCGUAUUGGGAAGCUUCAAGAAUACGGCCCCUGGUAUUUUGAAAAACAAAAACUAAAGACGUGACUUUUUUUUUUUUUUCACACCCUUGGCUGACGGCGCUACACGAUGAUGAUCGCUGAUUAUUCUUCCACGGCAGCCAAAGCAAAGAGAGAAGGCUAAAGUUGGACUCUAUGAGUUUGUAUAUCUACAGCGCUGCGGUCGCUGGUUAAACCUUGCGAUGCCUUAGAACCUUGUUUUUGUCUUUUCACUCGUAUUUUACAUUAUCUUAGAAUACUGGGUGUAGAUGGAGCAGUAGCUGCGAUUUCCUGCAGUCACACUGUGCCACAACAGAGUUGGACCUAUAUUUUUGUGUCUCAAAGCCAAUGAAUACGUGAGUGAACGAGUGUGUGAAGCUGCUACCGCGAGAGGUAAUCUAUAAUAACUGUGCACAUAUCAAUAUAUCUUUCUCUGCACUUUUAUCUAGAAAUGGUUCCCAGGCAGAGAUCCCGCUCGGUUUCAGCUUAGCUCGUACAUGAAAAUAUAGGCUGAUACUUUCUCCUGUUUUCAGAACUGCACAUGGUUUUGGCCUGUUGAUAUAGAUUCAGUAGAAUCACCAGUGGGACUGAGGUUGAAGUGAAGACGAGGUAUAUAUCCUCUGUAGCGUUGAUCUUAGCAGUAACGAGUGCAUACAGUUCAGCCUUUUGAAAGAUUUUAUUUUAGCAUGUCAAAUAUCUGCUUUUUAUUUGUGUUUUUUUUUUUGUGUGUGUGUAUUUGCCUUCUUCAAAUAGAGCAGCAGAGCUUGUGAUUCACAUCAGAAUGGAGUCUCUUUGCUUUACCUUCUCACACGUAUCCACAUUGUAAUUAUCAGAUUGUGGCUCAGAUCGGACACCUGAAUGAGCCCAAGACUAUACCGAAGCAAUUGUGUUUUUUUGUGUUUGAUGCCGACCUGAGUUUUCCCUGAUUUCAUCAAAUGUAAUUCACACCCGCCAAAUAACCUUGUGAAAUCUACAUGGUUACGGCUGCUGUAGUCGCAAAAGAACAUUUUCAUGUUUUUAUCCUUCGGUUCAGUUAAAGGAUUUUAUCGGCUUGUGUAUUUCAGGGAAUCUUGGGAACCCAUGGACUGAUUUAGUGAAAAUGAAACGCCACACAAUAAUGUCUAAAUGCACCGUUCUCAUCGUGACGUAUUGAUGAAGAACGUAACAUUUCUAAAUUAUUAGAGUUUGAAUUUUGCUGCAGACAUUGACUUCAAUAAUGAGCCAGUGUCUCGUCUCUACAAUGUGAUUCAGAAAACCGUUUGGAGACAUUCUCCAUGUCCCUUCACCCUGUGCCCUCAUACUGCAUCUGUCCUCCUCCACCUUCUCCUCCUCCUCCUCCUCCACUUUGACAGAUUUGAUUGUUGACAAGAAAAAACUUAAACAGCCCUUUAUCCAGUCAGUGUCUGUGUUGACAGACCGACAAGUUGAAACCAAAGACGACUGCAUGGAAGCUGUGCUGAUGGCUGUAACUGUGUGUGUGUGUGUAUAGGAUAUGCUCCAUAUGUCACAAUGAUUUCUGUAAAGCUGUAAUUAUCCAACUUAAUGGACCUAUCACUAUUUCAAACCCAUUUCAGUUCUGUGCUUAAAAAGAUGUCGAGACCACAGACAGAUUAAAGAUGGACGACACACGUUAUCCUGAAACAAAGACAAAAUAUUCCUAAUACGAGUGAUGACAUUGGUGGGGGGGAGCUCCUGCCAGUACAUAGACUCGAUCAAUAGUGAGUUAGUCCCAGCUGUCAAUCAUGAUGUUUAACCCUCAUUUUAUGGCAUCAAAUUACUGAUUAGAACCAAACUUACAGGAAAAUUAGCAUUUGAACAUGCCUACCCAAAAUAUCCGAAACCAUCUUUGAGACAAAUUCAUUCGAUCUAUAUGCUUUUCUUUAGUCCGAUCCAUGUUCCACCAAUUAACAUGGGGAACUUGGGGUUCAUGACACUGUCGGAAUGUCGUUCAUCUUUAUUAACAGUCCUUCAAGACAAACCUGAAUGAGUUCCAAAACCACAGAUGAAAAGAAGGAUGUUUUAUGAGUGAAAGCUUGAGGAUAGUUCAUGAUAUUUUUCAUUUUGUUCAUAUUCUGUUAAUUUUACUCUACAUUAUUUGUCAUCUAGAUAUUUUCUGAAGUGAAUGAGACGAGGUUUGAGAACAGUUGCCUGUGAUUCUUCUUAAAAUAGACACCCAAAUACUAUACGCGUUUUAAAAUGAGCUCAUGUUCAUCUCCUAUGGCCUUAGUGACACACUCUGCACUGGUUCAACACUUGCUCACGGUGAAACAUUUUUUAUAUCAAGUCUAAACAUGCAUGGCAGAGAACCUAUUAUUGAGGAUAUGGGAAUGUACAGGGCACACGGUGAUUCAUACCAGUGCUCGCCUAGAAAAUGUGAAGCAUGCUGAAGUGUCUGUUUGUUAUCCAGAAACUGUUGUCGUGACUUUAUAUGUAAACUUCCAUUUGCUGUGCGGAGUGCCCCUCACUAUUGUUUAACUUCAGAGAACGAGAAAAAGAGCAAAAUGUACAAAAAGAAGCUGGUGUGUCCAAAGUCACAUUUCAUGAUUUUAACACAUUAGCUGCUUUCGGUUUUUACUUGAUUCGACUCCAUUCUGAUGUGAAUAAGCUCAGCAACACUAGAAAUCAGUCACCGCAGGGUAGCACUGCUACAACCAAGGGCAACGUGACUUUGUGAACCUUCUGCUCUCAAUUCUGCACAGUCCAGAGUGGCCUUAAAUUCAUUAAUAAACGGAUAAUUCAAAACAAA